AAAGUCGAGCUUGUCACUGUGCCUGCAAUGGGUGCUGAAUGGUCAAAGGAAGAGAUGCGGAUGAUGACAAAGGCAGGGAGGAAGGAAGGAAAAUCCGAGUCGAGGAGGGGUUUCUGGAAGGCCUGGUAUCGGGACCAAAGGGGUCUCUGUGGAAAGUGGUUUACGCGGAGGUUCUUGGUUUUCUUCCUCUUUGGCUUGUGUGCCGCAAUUGGGAUUGUACUAGCAUUCACCAUCCCGAGAGUGCCAGCCUUUUCAUUCAAUGUUCAAAGUCCUCUCGUCAACGCAACUGGCGCUUGGGCUAAAGCUAUCCCUACUGUUUUCUCCCGUGCCCCUGCCAACUUCACGUUCGCUGCCUACGCUUCUCUUCAAGCCGAUACCACUGCCAAUUUCCUUCCCCUUAACUUCAAGCAUCUCCGGGCUCAGAUUUACGACCUCGAUACCAACAAGCUUGUGGGAACGGGUGACUGGGGGCAGCAUACCCUUCCUGCGAAGCAGUUCCCUAAAUUUAUGGUGCCUUUGAACUUUACCUAUGUUGCCACGAAUUCGAGUGACCAGACAUGGCUCAACUGGUACAAUUCAUGCAAAAAUAAAGCACUGUAUGCCGACGGCAAUCGUCAAGCUCUCAAAUUCCGCAUUGUGCUCGACAUGGGCAUCCUAGGGCUCCCCUCAGAUCACGCUGCGUCUACUCAAAUAUCAGACGCGAGCUGUCCAGUCGAACUCCCCAUAAACGCCGCCUAA